CCCGACACCAUGUGGAUCCAAGUGCGUACCAUGGACGGCAAGGAGGCCCACUCUGUUGACUCGCUGUCCAGGUUGACCAAGGUGGAGGAGCUGCGGCUGAAGAUCCAGGAGCUCUUCCACGUGGAGCCGGGCCUGCAAAGGCUGUUCUACAGGGGCAAGCAGAUGGAAGACGGCCACACUCUCUUCGACUAUGACGUUCGCCUGAAUGACACCAUCCAGCUGCUGGUCCGCCAGAGCCUCGUGCUGCCCCCCAGCAGCAAGGAGCGCGACUCCGAGCUGUCCGACACCGACUCGGGCUGCUGCUUGGGCCAGAGCGAGUCGGACAAGUCGUCCAACCAUGGUGAGGCGGCCAUAGAGGGCGACGGGAAGGCCGGCUUGGCGGGCGAGGAUGCGUGGGACGAGACGGAGCUCGGCCUCUACAAGGUCAACGAAUACAUCGACGCUCGGGACACGAACAUGGGCGCGUGGUUCGAGGCGCAGGUGGUCAGGGUGACCAGGAAGGGACCCUCGCAGGACGAGCCCUGCAGCUCCACCUCCAGCCCGGCCCUGGAGGACGAUGUCAUCUACCACGUGAAAUACGACGACUACCCGGAGAACGGCGUGGUCCAGAUGAGCUCCCGGGACGUCAGGGCGCGCGCCCGCACCAUCCUCCCGUGGCAGGAGCUGGAGGCCGGCCAGGUGGUCAUGCUCAACUACAACCCCGACAACCCCAAGGAGCGCGGCUUCUGGUACGACGCCGAGAUCCUGCGGAAACGUGAGACCAGGACUGCGCGGGAGCUGUAUGCCAACGUCAUGCUCGGGGACGAUUCCAUCAACGACUGCCGUAUCAUCUUCGUGGAUGAAGUCUUCAAGAUCGAGCGCCCGGGCGAAGGGAGCCCCGUGGUGGAAAACCCCAUACGACGGAAGAGCGGGCCCUCGUGCAAGCACUGUAAAGACGAUGAGAGCAAGCCGUGCCGCGUGUGCGCCUGUCACCUGUGUGGGGGCAAGCAGGACCCUGGCAAGCAGAUCAUGUGUGACGAGUGUGACAUGGCCUUCCACAUCUACUGUCUGUGCCCGCCGCUCAGCAGCAUCCCCGACGAGGACGAGUGGUAUUGCCCCGAGUGUCGGAAUGACGCCAGCGAGGUGGUGUUGGCGGGAGAGAAGCUGAAAGAGAGCAAGAAGAAAGCAAAGAUGGCGUCAGCCACCUCGUCCUCACAGCGGGACUGGGGCAAGGGCAUGGCAUGCGUGGGCCGUACAAAGGAGUGCACCAUUGUCCCGUCCAACCACUACGGACCCAUCCCGGGCAUCCCUGUGGGCACCAUGUGGCGGUUCCGAGUCCAGGUCAGCGAGUCGGGUGUCCAUCGGCCCCACGUGGCGGGCAUCCACGGCCGGAGCAAUGACGGGGCCUACUCCUUGGUCCUGGCGGGGGGUUACGAGGAUGACGUGGACCACGGGAAUUUUUUCACGUACACAGGGAGCGGUGGUCGAGAUCUUUCCGGCAACAAGCGGACUGCGGAACAGUCUUGUGAUCAGAAACUCACCAACACCAACAGGGCGCUGGCUCUGAACUGCAGUGCGCCCAUCAAUGACCGGGACGGGGCCGAGGCCAAGGACUGGAGGGCGGGGAAGCCGGUCCGUGUGGUGCGCAAUGUCAAGGGCGGCAAGCACAGCAAGUACGCGCCUGCCGAGGGCAACCGCUAUGACGGCAUCUACAAGGUCGUGCGGUACUGGCCGGAGAAGGGGAAGUCCGGCUUCCUCGUGUGGCGCUAUCUGCUCCGGAGGGACGACGAGGAACCAGGGCCCUGGACGAAGGAAGGGAAAGACCGCAUCAAGAGGCUGGGGCUGACCAUGCAGUAUCCGGAAGGCUAUCUGGAAGCCCUGGCCAACAAAGAGAAGGAGAAGGAGAACAGCAAGAUGGUGGCGGAGGCGGAGGAGGAGGAGGAGGAAGAGGAGGGCCUGAGGUCCCCCAAGAAGGGCAAGGGCAAGCGGAAGCGGAAGUCUGCAGGUGGGUCUCUGCGCAGGGAGGGGGCGCCCAGCCCCAGGCCCCUGCGCGGGGUUCCCAAGAAGACCAAAGUGGAGCCCUACAGCCUCACGGCCCAGCAGAACAGCCUCAUCAAGGAGGACAAAGGCAACGCCAAGCUGUGGGCCGAGAUCCUCAAGUCGCUCAAGGAUGGGCCGGUGAGCGGGGACAGGCGGGACAAGUUCCUGAGCACGGUGGAGGAGACGUUCCAGUGCAUCUGCUGCCAGGAGCUGGUGUUCCGCCCAGUCACCACCGUGUGCCAGCACAACGUGUGCAAGGAUUGCCUGGACAGGUCCUUCCGGGCGCAGGUGUUCAGCUGCCCGGCCUGCCGCUACGACCUGGGCCGGAACUACGCCAUGCAGAUCAACCAGCCGCUGCAGGCGGUGCUCAGCCAGCUCUUCCCGGGCUACGGCAACGGCCGGUGA